ACUAGUGCAACCAGUGAUGAAACUUACAAGGUGAAUCUUACUUUAUUUGUAUAAAAGCGGGCUAAUGUCACCGAACAGUACACUUGUAAUAACAUACAACAACCAAAAUGAUCGGAAAGAUUGUCUUCCUCGCUGCCCUUGCCUUCGCCGCUGCUAAGCCAAGCGUGCCAGCUUUUGUAGCCGCCGCCCCUGCCCCGUUGGUAGCUGCACCAGCUCCACUAGUGGCUGCCGCCCCAGCUCCAUUUGUCACUGCAUCCAGCUCCCAGUACAUUGCUAGGAAUUACAACGGUGUCUAUUCAGCACCGCUUAUUGCAGCACCAGCGUACGCACCGGCUUACACUGCCUUGGUAGCACCCGCUGCAGCGUACGCCGUGGCCCCAUACGCCAGCUCCUACUCCGCACAUUCUGUUAACCAUGCUGUUGCCGCACCUGUAAUAGCAAAUGCACCAGUUGUCGCACCAUACGUUGCCGCUCCAGCACAUGCAUCAUACGUCGCUGCUGCAUCACCCUACGUCGCUGCUGCAUCACCCUACGUUGCUGCCCCAUCUCCAUUAGUUGCUCCAGCCUCCCCAUACCUGUCAGCUAGAUACUUAGCCUCUCCUUACUACCUAUAAAUUUGGUGAUAUCAUUGCCUAGUGACUUGCUCAAAUAUACGUAUUAAAUUCUGUACAUAAUAUGUAAUAAAGUUUACAAGAUAUAUUUUAAAAGUAUUUUA